AUGAGCAGUAUCGUAAAUAAGAGUGGGACGCGUUUCGCUCCCAAAAUCAAGCAGCGGAGGGCUGUCGUCAAUGCUCCAGAGCGAAGCCCAGUUGAAAAAAGCGGAUCUGAAACUUCAAGUCAACUUGGUGAGAUUCCAACCGUCGAAAGCUCGCAACCUAUUAUUGCUGAGUCACUCUCACAAACGAAUAAAGCUUCACCUGCAGACAUUGAUCCGCUAAGCCAAAGCACACAAAAGGGUUCAGAUAGCCAGGCUUUGACUCAAGACAAUGUGCUUGGCACUCAAAGAAGACGGUCUAGUAGACUCGACUCUUUAAGCGGAACUAACGCGAUGUUCAAAAGUGGAUUUCUGGAGCCGCAAGCUGUACCGACGGGCCCCAACGAGACUGCCAAAAAUCGGAGAUUGUCUACCAUUACUGCAGCACAAACACAACCAAAAAAAAAGAGAAUGAGUAGUAUUUCGGAAUCUGACUCUUCCUUUCAAGCAAUCAAGAAGAGACGAAUGUCUUCGAGAUCUUCCAUAUCUCGAAAACCCGGAUCCGCUCAGCGAAUUAGCAUUGUUUCUCAAGUGAAUAGUGAUCAAAUUGCUAGAUCUUCCGGUGCAGAUGACAAUAGUUUGAAGAGUGAGGGUAGCGAAGACCUUUUUCAGCGGACCGAUAGACUCUACGAAAGAUACACUAUCUCAAACGUCAAGGACAUCCCAAAAAAUAUCGCUGAUGGAGACUCGUCUCGCUAUCUAGUAGAUGAAGACAACUUUACUAUCGCAGAUCUCUGUAAGCCGAAUCUUCCGAUUGGUGAGACUUCUGAUAAUUUCUUAAGAGCCCAGGAGGCUUUGAGAGCGAAACAACAAAAUCGGUUGAAGAGAAGAGCUUUACGGGCCAAGGCUCGCGAACACUUCAAACCGUUACAUGAGCUUAACAAGGAAGAAGCAGAGCAGCUUUUGGAAAGUCGCAAAAAAGCCGCUGAAGAGAUAAUGAAUGCUGAAAUUCCAGAAGCGGAAAAAGGACAUAACGCCAUUCAACUGCGAAUGAAACAGGACGGUACGUUUGCUGUUGAUGAGGAGUCUACCGUUGUUGAUAGGCACAAAAAUGCAACUCUCGAGCACGCCCAUAAGUUACGAAUGGACGAAAACCCAUUUGAGAAUUUGUUCAAUUCAGGUACCUACGGUCGUCAGCAGUAUACGGACCCUUGGACAGUUGAUGAACUUUUGCGCUUCUAUAAAGCUUUGUCUAUGUGGGGUACCGACUUCAACUUAAUAGCACAAAUGUUUCCCUACCGGACAAGGCGGCAAAUCAAAGCCAAAUUUGUCAACGAAGAAAAAAAGCAUCCGGUCAUGAUUGAAUUGGCAUUACGCUCAAAACUGCCACCAGAUUUCGAUCAAUAUUGUACAGAGAUCCGAAAAGAACUGGUCUCGUUAGAAGACUUUAAUCAGAAGCUGCGGAACUUACAGACAGAACACGAAGAGCAUUUGAAGAAGAUCGAGCAUUCAAAGCAAAGCGCUAAGGAAGAAGAUCUUCAAAUGCAAAAGGUUAAGGAGAUGGACAAUACUCACAAGAAAGCUUCCGGUGGUUUCAGGCAGGGCCAACUAAAUGCAUACAGGAAAACUGAAGUGGUGUUGGGUACAAUUGACCAGAUGAAAAAGCAGCGGGCUCAGGAGCCUGAGGAAACGACAGAGUAG